CCCCAACUGCUUCGAAUUGAGCAGCAGCAGCAACAAAAGGCAAAACAAAUGUUCAAACAACUUUGAUGCCGUUAAAUUGUAGAUAUUUCUUAAGACAGCAGUUAAAGGCUGAAGUUGGCAUCUGGACAGGAUACGAUUGGAUUGAUAUCCUCCGCCAUUUGGUGCCGUCUUUGGGCUCUAAGCAAUGCAAGCGAAUAGCAGUCGAUCCACAUUAAGCGCACAAUCCUCGGGCACACCGUCAGCCUCAACGAUAUCCUCAUCCCAGGGCAAGCAACAAGUUGUCGAGCUAUCCGGCUAUGUCAUCAUUCUCGUUGAGAAUGUGGAGGGUAAAAUUAAAUUAUAUGGCUCACCGCCCGAUCGCGAUAAUCUGGAAGUGGGCGAUGAGAUACUCGAGGUUAAUGGAUUGACUCUGGACAAUAUAUCGCGCACGGAAGUUAUACGGCAUAUACAUGAUUGCAUUAAAUCCUGCACAAUUUGUUUGCGUGUACGCAAAAAGAAUGAUUCCAGAUUGGCCUGGGAUAUUGGCAAUUCGGUGCAGGACGCGUUUGUCAUUGCCGUCGAGGAGCAUGCCCGUGAGCGUUUGCAGCGAUUGGCCGCCUUGAAUCGUGUCACGCCCGUGGAUAUAACGCAACUCUCAAAAAAGUUGCAACAAACAAAAAGCGGUACGACGGCGAGUCAAAAACAGGAUCUAAGCUUCUUGAAUGACUCAACGCCCAUCUAUGUGACGUCGUUUACAAGCAAUCAAAUAACCUGCAGCAGUGCCACAAUGACAACAGCAACAGCUGGCGGUCCAAUAAGUGCACCAUCCCUGGCACCGACAACGGCCACAACAACAGUGCCAACGCCAGCAUCGAUUAUGUCACUGGAACAACAGCAGCAACAUCUACAGCAACAGCAACAGCAACAACAUCAACAGAUUGCCACCCAGGGUGCCUCGGCUUUGGUUAGUGCCGCUGUUGCCGCUGCUACGGCAGCCGAUCGAAACGCUAAUAAUACAACAACGGCCGCCCUGCAGAAACAACAAUCCCUGUCGCAAUCCCAGCCACCCACCACCUCCACAAGCAGCGCCACUGGUCAUAUCUAUCAAACUAGCCAGGCCCAGCAGCAGCAGCUGCAGCAACUGCAACAGCAACUGGCGGCAGCUGCUGCUGCCGGCAAGCCAUUGCAGGCCAAAUCAUUGUUGGCCAGUAGUCUACAGCAUCUGGCCGAGGAGGUGGAUGACGAGGAUCUCGACGAUGAUGAUGAUGUGGAUGGGGCCAAUUAUUGUGGCAUUACAUAUAUUAGCUAUAACAACAAGCAUGCCCAAUUGCCGACAACAACAUUGCCGGCAACAACAACACUGCCAGCAGCGGCAGCAACAUUGGCCACAACAGCGGCCAUACAUCGACAACAACGUCAUGGCCAGGGUCCAGGUCAGGGCCAGGGCCAGGGCCAACAGGUACAUGGUCAGGGUCAAAAUAAGCCACCGCAAUUGCAAUUGAGUGCGACUACAAGUAGUAACACAGAUGUGCAUUUUGUUGAUGCACAGACAUCACCAUUGCUGGCAGCAACAAGUAUAGUAACAUCAGCGGAUAUUGCAUUGCCACCAGCAACGCAACAGCAGCAACAUCAAUCGCAUCAUCAUGUUCAUGGUACAACCACACCAAAAACGGAAUAUUCAACGGCCAUAUCUAGUGGACAGCUGCAACAGGCAUUCGCUGAACUUCAAAUGCACAGCAUUAGCAGCAGUCACAACAGCAACAACAAUGGCAUACAGCAGCAGCAACAUUUACUUUUAAGCAACAACAAUAAUAGCAAUAAUUCCACCGCUCCAUACGCUUCAGCAUCGGCAACGGCAUCCGCAUCCGCAUCCGCAUCCGCAUCCAAUACAAAUACUUCGGCCACUGUUAUGAAAAAUUGUGAUUUACUAAUAUCGAAUAAUUUGUAUCCACCGAGAAGAGAGUUACUAGCUACGCAUAAUGAUGUCAUAGUGCAUCAGUCCAGUGAUGGAACAACAACAACAACAGCAACCAGCAAUCGGAGUCAACAACAACAACAAUUGCUGAAUGAGCUGCAACAGCAACAGCAACAACAACAACAGCAAUUACAAUUGCAACAACAAAACAGUCCCACAAGUAGCAUAUCAAAAGGAAGAACUGAACUUUUAUUGGGCGAUCAAAGUCUUCGCCAGGAAUCAAGGCCACGCCGGCGUUCCGGUUCGAGCAUUGUAGUCAUUGAUGGUGAUGAUUUGAAGCCAUGUCUGCCGGAUGAUUAUAUAACUGGUCAGCAUCAUCAUCUGCAUCAUCAUCAACAGCAGCAGCAGCAGCAGCAGCAACUGCAGCAACAGCUGCCGCAACAGCAGCCUCAACAUUUGCAACAGCAACAACAUUAUCGAACACACUCGAGUGAUAUUAGGGAGAUCGAUCAGGAAAUGCUGACCAUGCUGUCGGUGAAUCAAGAUAACGGUCCACAUCGUGAGAUGGCCGUCGACUGUCCAGAUACGUUUAUAGCACGUAAUAAGACGCCACCCAGAUAUCCGCCACCCCGUCCACCACAGAAACAUACAAAAUUGAGCACCAACACAAAUAUCACAUUCACAACUAAAUCUAAUAAUGAUCAUGCUAACAAAUUGUUAAUUGUUGCAUAUCAUUCUUCACAUCAACAUGAUCAACAACUACAACAACAACAACAACAACAUGAACAUGAACAUGCUCAUCAACAUCAACAACAACACUCAACAACAUUGUCAACAACAACAACAACACAACUCGAUGUGGCCACACAAAAUUUGUAUAAUCAAAAACAACAAACUAAAUUGGAACAAAUUGAAAACUAUGAAAAUUGUCUACAAUCGGAACAACACGAACAGCAAACAUUAUUAACCAUACCAACAGCAACAGUAGCAGCAACAACAGCAGCAACAGCAGCAGCAACAACAACAACAACAAUUGCUCAACAACAACAACAAAUAGCCCAACAACAAACGCCCAGCAAUAAAUUGUUAAUGAACAAUGAUCCAAAUGGCAACAAUAGCAAUAAUAGUGUCACUGAUGAAUUGAUCUGCAUGGUAGAUGGUCUAUAUCGUAAAGGUUCCAGCUCACCAUCAUCGAGUGCUUUCGAUGAGGUGAUGAGCAAACAACAAUUGGAUACAUUUCAUGCCUAUCAUCAAUUGCAUCAUCAUCAUCAUCAAUAUCAACAACAAUCAUUGACGACGACGACAACAACAACAACAACAACAAGUAAAAGCCCUGGCACUGGCAGCAGCAGCAGCCGCAGUCAGUCAGCAUUAAUUAUAACCAACAGCAGCAGCAGUAACAGCAACUCAUUGAACAGCAGCAAUAGUUCAAUGCAUACAAGUAAUAGUAAUAGCAGUAGCAACAGUGGCAGCGGCAGCGGCAGCGGCAGCAAUAUACCCAGUGUGGCAUCAACAUCAGCAUCAUCAUCGUCAUCGACAACAGCAGCAACAACAGCGAGCACCACAUCAACAGUGCCAGAUGAUUUAAGUUUAGCACCACCAGGCUAUGAGCCUAAUCAACAGCAGCAGCAGCAAACACCAGCAACAGCAGCAUCAGCAUCAGCAUCAGCAACUUCAAUGACAAACAGCAACAGCAAGAUACCACAUCGUGAAUUGCCGGUUGAUGUGCCGGAUAGUUUUAUUGAGAUGGUUAAAACGCCGCCACGUUAUCCACCGCCAGCACAUCUUUCAUCACGUGGCUCGUUGCUAUCGAAUGCCAGCUCCUCGACGGCACACACAACGUUGUCAUCGCUGGGCGUGUCUGGAUCUGUUUCGGGGUCUGGUUCUGUUUCAGGUUCUGGCUAUAAGUCGUCAGCAAUUGUUGUUGCUGCGAAUGUUGCUGCUGGUAAUGUUGUUGCUGCGAGCAGCGAUGGCAACAGCAGCAGUAGCAGCAAGCACGUAGCUGCAGAUGAGCUUAAUGGUAAUGCAAAACCCGUGCCACCUCCACGCGAUCAUUUGCGUGUGGAGAAGGAUGGACGCCUUAUCAAUUGUGCACCCGCCCCUCAAUUGCCCGAUCGUCGCAUUUUGGGCAAUGGCAGCAGUCAACAACAACAACAACAGCAGCAACAACAAAUUGCCCAAAUUGUUGAACCUACAUUGGAACAAUUGGAUAGCAUAAAGAAAUAUCAGGAGCAACUGCGUCGGCGACGCGAAGAGGAGGAACGCAUUGCCCAGCAGAAUGAGUUCCUCCGGAAUAGUUUGCGUGGAUCGCGUAAGUUGAAGGCACUGCAAGACACGGCCACGGCCACAGCAGCCGUUGGCAAGGCCAUGGCCCAGCAGCAGCAGCAGCACCAACAACAGCAGCAGCAACAAGCGACCGGUGUGGAGAAUGAGGCAUAUUUGCCCGAUGAGGAAGUGCCACAGACCAUUCAGAUCGAUGGUUAUGGCGAACUGAUUGCCGCCUUAACACGCCUCCAGAGUCAGUUAAGCAAGAGCGGCCUGAGCACCCUGGCCGGACGUGUUUCCAGUGCCCACAGUGUCCUGGCCAGUGCCAGUGUGGCGCAUGUUCUGGCCGCUCGCACCGCUGUGCUGCAGCGUCGACGACCCCGUGUCCCGGGACCCUUGCAUUUUGGCGCCUUGGGACUCCAAAAGGACAUUGUUGAGCUGCUGACACAAUCGAAUACGGCGGCGGCCAUCGAAUUGGGCAACCUGUUGACCAGUCACGAAAUGGAGGGCCUAUUGUUGGCUCAUGAUCGCAUUGCCAAUCACACGGAUGCCACUCCCUCACCGACAGCCACGCCAAACAGUCCGAUUCAAAUGGCCAGCACGGCAGCAGCGGCGGCGGCGGCGGCGGCGGCAUCGCAGGGACCGGCGGUUAAGCGGAAUCUUCCAGUAGCGGUGGCUCCGCCGGUGGUGCCGCCAUUGCCAGUGUCUCAGCGUGGUGCCAUGCCGUUGCCGUUGCCAGCGCGUAACGAUUCGCCGCCACCGAUGAGCGCCUGCUUUGGAACACUGAACGAUCAGAACGAUAACAUUCGAAUUAUACAGAUCGAGAAGUCAACGGAGCCGCUGGGCGCCACUGUGCGCAAUGAGGGCGAAGCUGUGGUCAUUGGACGCAUUGUGCGCGGCGGGGCGGCUGAGAAGUCGGGUCUCUUGCACGAGGGCGAUGAAAUUUUGGAGGUGAAUGGUCAGGAGUUGCGCGGCAAGACGGUGAACGAGGUGUGCGCCCUAUUGGGCGCCAUGCAGGGCACCCUUACCUUUCUCAUUGUGCCGGCGGGUAGUCCGCCCCCGGGAGGCGGUAACUUGGUCGGCCAGGGCUCCAUUGGCUCCAUGUCAGUGGGUGGAGGCACGGGAUUGGGUGGUGGACACCGCGAUACAGCCGUCUUGCAUGUGCGAGCCCACUUCGAUUACGAUCCCGAGGAUGAUCUGUAUAUACCGUGCCGAGAGCUUGGCAUUAGUUUCCAGAAGGGCGAUGUGCUGCAUGUGAUCUCGCGCGAGGAUCCCAAUUGGUGGCAGGCUUAUCGCGAGGGCGAGGAGGAUCAGACACUGGCCGGCCUCAUACCUAGUCAAUCGUUUCAGCAUCAGCGUGAGACCAUGAAGCUGGCCAUUGCCGAGGAGGCGGGCCUGGCCCGUUCACGUGGCAAGGAGGGAACCAGUGGCAAGGGGGCCACUUUGCUUUGUGCACGCAAGGGUCGCAAGAAGAAGAAGAAGGCCAGCUCAGAAGCGGGUUAUCCUUUGUAUGCGACAACGGCGCCAGAUGAAACCGAUCCCGAAGAGAUACUCACCUAUGAAGAGGUGGCCCUCUAUUACCCACGUGCAACCCACAAGCGUCCCAUUGUACUCAUUGGACCACCAAAUAUCGGCAGGCAUGAGCUGCGCCAACGCUUGAUGGCGGACUCUGAACGCUUCUCGGCGGCAGUGCCACAUACAUCCCGCGCUCGACGCGAAGGCGAAGUGCCGGGCGUUGAUUAUCAUUUCAUUACGCGGCAGGCAUUUGAAGCGGAUAUCCUGGCCCGUCGAUUUGUGGAGCACGGCGAAUACGAGAAGGCCUACUACGGCACAUCACUGGAGGCCAUACGCACGGUUGUUGCCAGCGGCAAGAUCUGUGUACUAAAUCUGCAUCCGCAGAGCUUAAAACUAUUGCGAGCCUCGGACCUCAAGCCCUAUGUGGUCCUUGUGGCACCUCCCAGUCUUGAUAAAUUGCGUCAGAAGAAAUUGCGCAAUGGCGAGCCAUUCAAAGAGGAAGAGCUUAAAGACAUUAUUGCCACUGCACGUGACAUGGAAGCACGUUGGGGUCAUCUAUUCGAUAUGAUUAUCAUCAACAACGAUACGGAACGGGCCUAUCAUCAGCUAUUGGCGGAGAUUAAUUCGCUGGAACGGGAACCGCAAUGGGUACCAGCCCAAUGGGUGCACAACAAUCGCGACGAGUCAUAAUGGUGAUGUCUGACCAAUUUCUAUUUGGGUCGCAAAUUUCCCCAAAAAACAACAAAAAAGAAAAAUCAAAUAUUUCAUGCCUGCAGCAACAACAACAACAACAACAACAACAAGAACAGCGAAAAGCCUCCAACAAAUUGUUAUUACUUUGUAAAUAUUUCUCUAACAACUUACUUCAAGCCAUGCCCAUGUCCUUCUGCCCCUCUCAACAGCCCCACCCCAUCUCCCCGUUCUCACCCACCUUGUCCCAUUCCAUUCGUGCGGCUAGUUUCAUAAUUUCCAUGCCGCCUCAAAAAAACGUAUCUAAAAACUACUUAGAUCUAGUAGAUAUAACCAAUAUAAUUAUUAUUAUUUAUACAUAAAAAGAAACAAAAUUUAACAAAAAUUUGUUGCAUAGUCGCCCUCGCCCCUCUUUAAACAUCUAUUUAAAUAUUAUAUGUUCACAAAAGAAUAGAAAGAAAAACAAAAACGAUGACAAAAAAACCCAACUGUAUCUACUUAUAUUAUUGAAAAAUGUAUUUUAAAUAUUUACUAUUUGUUUAA